AUGUCAACAAGUAAAAAAAUUAAAACAGAUAAUAAUAAAAUAUUACAAGAUGUGAUUGAUUAUGAAAUUUUAAAAUCUUUAAUAAAUUAUUUAUUAAUCAGCAAAAAUAAUAAAACAAAUUAUAAUAAUACUAUUAAUCAAUAUAAAAUUAAUAAAUUUUAUUUAAAUAGAAAUGAAAUAUUAAAUUAUAUAUUAGUUUCAAAAAAGUGGUAUAAUUUUAUAUCAUCAACAAUAUCAAAUAAUAUUAUUGAUAAUAAAUCAUUUGAACAUUGGUUAAAAAUUAAUUAUAAUAAAAAUAAAUCAUUUAUUGAAAAUUACAAUAACCAAAAUCAAUAUGAUAAAAAUAAUUUAAUUUUUAAUGACAAAGAAGAUAAUCAAAAUAAAAUUAGUUUUAAUAAAGAGUUUUCAAUUAUAAAAAUCAAAGAAUCAAUAAUCAAUGAUUAUUUUAAAUUCAAUUUAUUUUUAGAUGAUAUUACAAUUGAUGAUUUUAAAGAAAUUAAAAAUAAAUUUGAAAAUAAUCAAUUACUUUAUAAUAGAAUUGUAGUUAAUGUUAAAACUGGUUAUGAAGGGAAUCAAGACGAUAGUAUUUUAUUCGAAAUACAUGAAUAUAUAUCAAAUGAAAAUUCAGAAAACAUAUCAAAUUUAUUUAAAAUAUUAGAAUUAAAUUAUAAUUAUUUGGAAAUUGAGGGCUAUAAUCCAAGCUCUGAAGAAGAUGAUGAUGAAAGUAAUAAGAAAUGUACUGAAUUAUAUUUAAAUAAUUUAUCAAUUGCUGGUGUUGAUAGAGAUGUAGGUGAAGAUGAAGAAACAGUAAAGAUAUUCAAAAUUUUCAAAGGUAAAAAUUUAAUUUAUGAUGGAUCUGAUGUUGCUUGUGAUUGUCCAACACAUGUCGAUUAUUCAGCAUUAUUUGAUCCAAAUAAUUCAGGUCAACAAGUUGAAUCAAUUAAAGUACAAAAUAGAUUAGAUGGUGGUGAAUAUGUCGAAGCACGUCAUUUAAUCAAAGUUAAUCAAUUUGAAAAUUUACAUUCAAUUACAAUACCAAUUAAUUCAUUUCAAAUAUUAUCAAACCUAUCUGAAGAAAUGGGAUUUAAUAGUUUCUAUAGUAAUAGUACAGAUUCAGGUAAUUCAGAAAAUAUGAAAUCCGAAUUAAACCAAAUGAUUAAUUCAUUCAUUACAAGUAAAUCUUUAAAGAAUUUAAAUAUAUCAUCCAUAGAAAAAGAAGAUUCAAUUUAUAGUGAUGAUUAUGAUGAUGAUGAAACUUUUGCUAAUAAUAUUAAUGAAACUAUAGAAUCAUUUUCAAAUUCAUUUAUACCAUUAUUUUCAGAAUCAAAUACAUCAAUUGAAAGAAUUGAAUUUGAUUGUUGUGGUUUAUUAAAUAUUAAUACAUUUUCAAAUUUAUUAAAAAACAAAUCAAUUAAAUAUUUAUAUUUAUAUGAUAAUAGUGAUUUCAUUGUUUACUCUUCAAAACAAACUGGUCGUGGUGGUAAUGAUUUACAUAAAGAACCUAUUUCAAUUAAUCAAUAUUUAUUUGAUAAUAUAUUUUCAUCGCCAUUAACAUCAAUUAGACAUUAUAAAAUUAAUAUCAAAGAAUCAAAUCAAUUCAAAUUAAUAUUUAAUUUAAUAUUAAAUAAUAUUUUUAAAUUACAAUUAUAUUCAUUAAUAUUUGAAUUAAAUGAAAAUGAGUUAGUUGGUGAAUUUGUUAAAGAAUUUAAAAAUUUAAUAAAUAAUAUUUCAAUACAACAACAACAACAACAACAACAACAACAACAACAAAAAGAAUCAAAUAUAAAUUUAAAAGAAAUUAAAAUUAAAAUCGGAGAUGAUGAAUAUAUUCCUGAAUUAAAUAAUAUUAAUAAUCCAUAUUUCACAACAGUAAUAAAGAAAUUACCAAAAAAAAAUUAA